UUCUGGCCGCAUUCCCCAUUUUCACGGUUGCGAUCUUGACAUGGCCGACGUCCUCUCCGACGCAGAAAAGCUCAACGUCGCCAAAGGCUUCCUACUGGCAAGUCCCCCUGGUGAAGUGCGCGAUGUGUCUAAAGAUGUUGCCAAAUUGCUGCCUCGUGGGUUGCUGUCCGACACAGCUUUACGAGGGAUCCUACACACGUACAACGUUGAGAACUCCCUGCCCGUUCAAAUUCCCAACGUGGACGAGUCGAAGCGCUUGGUCGUGUGCCAGGAAGGCGAGGUGGAUGUGGGUCAUUACCUCGACACCCACGGCCGAAAAGUGUGGGGCUUUGACCACGUCACACAAGAAAUCUUGGCUCAGGACGUUCAAGAUGCGUCGGCGCGCUUUACCUCGUCGCUGGAACCACUUCGUGCCGAGCUCCAAGUCGAAGUCGAUGCAUAUCUGGCCACGCAAUUUGGCAACCAAGGCGGCGCCGCUGUCUUUGCGACAGACUCGACGAUCACGAUCGUGUUGUCCACUGAACGCGUGAGCUUGCGCAACUUUUGGUCGGGCCGGUGGAAAUCCAAAUGGACAUUGACGAACGUGUCACCCGACGCCGCGACCCUCGCCGGUCGCAUUGACCUGCACGUGCAUUACUUUGAAGACGGCAAUUUGCAGUUGCAGAGCCACAAGGACGUGGCGCCCGUUCCAGUGACCGGCGAAUCGCUGGCGCAAGCGGUGCUCGCUGUUCUUCGCGCCGAAGAGCAUGUCGUGCAUAGCAACUUGGAAGACAUGUACAUCAACAUGACGGAGGAAACGUUCAAAGAGAUGCGGCGGGUGAUGCCAGUCACGCAGACCAAGAUGGAAUGGAACUUGUACGCCCAUCGCACUGCCAAAGACUUGAGUCGAAAGUAAUAACGUGCUAUAACAGUCCAGCAUGGAAUCGUCUAAGACAAGCCUAACGACUGUUGUCUGUGAAUUAUACCAGUGACCACGACACUCGACAUACUACUACUACCUACUACUAGUACUACUACACCUUUUUUCGAGAUUAAUUUCAG